AACUUUCAACUUCCUCUUUUACUUUCAUUUUGAAGACGGUGUGGUGCAACCUUUUUGGUCGUGUCUAUAUCAAGACUCAUCCAACAUCAUUACCGUCGUAAAUUAAUUUUAAGUUGAUAGAAUAAUAAACAAACAUGCCUCCUAAAUUCGAUCCAACCGCAAUUACAACUGUAUGUGUAAGAGCUGUAGGUGGAGAUUGCCCUGCUACAUCAGCAUUGGCCCCAAAGAUUGGUCCACUCGGAUUGUCUCCUAAAAAAGUGGGUGAUGACAUUGCUAAAUCCACAGCUGAUUGGAAGGGUUUGAAGAUCACUGUUAAACUGACAGUACAGAACAGACAGGCUAAAUGUGAAGUGGUUCCUAGUGCUGCAUCACUUCUCAUCAAAGCUCUUAAAGAACCACCAAGGGACAGAAAGAAGGUCAAACAUGUGAAACACAAUGGUAACAUCACAUUUGAAGAAGUCAUCAAGAUUGCCCGACAGAUGAGACCCAGGAGUAUGAGCAGAACACUCGCUGGAACAGUCAAAGAGGUUUUAGGGACUGCACAGUCUGUUGGUUGUACCAUCGACAAAUCAGCACCACAUGACCUGAUUGACAAAAUUAAUGACGGAGAACUGGAAGUUCCAGAAGAAUAAAGUUCAGAAGAAUAAAAAGAAAAAAGACUAAAGUGAUUUGCUUUGUGAUUUUCUUGAUACAGAAAUAUUACAUCUCAUCAAUUUAAAA